AUGAGCGUCGAGUGUCAGCAUGAAAGAGCACCUUAUAUAGAGGUUUUCAAGCACAGAAAUAGAAAUAGACGAGGAGUGGUGCUGGACAGCCAAGGGCCGGUGCUGGUCUCGGAGCCGCGCUCGAGCGUGGAGUUCUCGAACGACACCGGGGCGAUGAUCCACUGCUCGGCCCACGGCAGCCCGUCGCCGCGGAUCGACUGGCUGAUGGGCGACGGCUCGCCGGUCCUGCCGAUACCGAACAUCCGUGAGAUGCUGGUGAACGGCUCCAUGUACUUCCUGCCGUUCGGCGCGGAGAGCUACCGGCACGACGUGCACUCGGCCGUCUAUCGGUGCCAGGCGUCGAAUAGCGUCGGCAAGGUGCUCGGCCGUGAAAUCACGGUGAAGGCCGUGGUACGCCAGAAGUACGAGGUACAAGUGCGGGACGCCUACGUUCUGGCGGGUAACACGGGGGUGCUCAGGUGCGAGAUACCGGCCUUCGUCAAGGAGUACGUCGCGGUCACAUCCUGGCUGAAAGACUCGGCCUUCAACAUUUACCCGUCCGCGGAGAGCGGCGAGAAGCACCACAUGCUGCCCACCGGAGAGCUGCUCAUCUUCUCGGUGACUCCCGCCGACGCUCACUCGACCUACCGAUGCCGCACUGUACACCACGUAACCGGUGACACCGUGGAAAGUUCCUCGUACGCCAGGCUCGUGGUUACCGGUAAGUCCUCGCAGGACGUCCGUAAGUCCGUCAGCCCGGAUCUCUUCGAGCGGAAGUCUCCCGGAAAUCCUACCUCGAUACUGAGCGGAGCUCCCUGAGAUUGAGAGGCGGAGUUGAGGAAAGGGAAAUUCGGAGUUAACGAUAAGCCACGUAAAAGGCGCUGCCCGGAAUAAUGACGAGGCAUCAAUUAUGCAGUAAUUAACACGCCGAAUGGUCUAAU